AUGACUGACUUUAUCCACCCGACUCCUCCCCUUCCUCCUCACUCCGUCUUCUCGCCCGCCCAGAGACGAUGGAUCGUCGCCAUAGCAUCGGUCGCGGCGUUCUACUCCCCUUUCACCGCGAAUAUCUAUUUCCCCGCCCUCGUUGACAUCGCCGCCGACCUGGCCGUCUCCUCCGAGAAGAUCAACCUGUCCGUCACCACCUACAUGAUCUUCCAGGGCAUCACCCCCACCUUCUGGGGUGCUUUGACCGACCACUCGGGAAGACGCCCCGUCUACAUCUUAACCUUUACUGUGUUCAUUGUCGCCUCCAUCGGCUUGGCCGUGGCAAACACCUACUGGCUGGUUCUCGUGCUACGCAUGCUCCAGGCCGCCGGGUCGGCCUCCGUCGUGUCCAUCGGCAGCGGAACUAUUUCCGAUAUCUCCACCCCCGCCGAACGCGCUGGCUACCAAGGUUUCUUUUCUGUAGGGCUUUACGCCGGGCCCGCCAUAGGACCGUUUCUUGGUGGUGUACUGACUGGGUCGCUUGGCUGGCGAUCAAUCUUUUGGUUUCUGGUCAUCGCGGGCGGCGUGUACACCCUCGUCCUGAUAUUUUUCCUCCCAGAGACAAUGCGCAAGCAAGUAGGCAAUGGCAGUCACCAGCCGACAGAGUGGUGGAAACUCCCUCUGAUGUACACGCUCCACCUUUCCAAAAAACCUGAACCUGAAGGCCCCAAGCCAUCCCCGCCCAAGGCAUGGGCAAACCCACUCAGAUCGCUCUUGAUCCUGAAAGAAAAGGACGUCUCCGUGAUUCUGCUCUUCAACGCCGUAAUCUACACGUCCUACUACACCGUCACUUCCAGCACGACCCAGCUCUUCUCGAGCCACUAUGGCCUUGGCAGCUUGCAAAUUGGCCUCUGCUUCCUCGCCAACGGCAUCGGCGCCAUGUCCGGCAGCGUCGUGCGGGGCAAACUGAUGGAUCGCACUUACCGUAUUCGGCGGGCGGAAUGGAAGGAGAAACGCGCGCUCGAGUCUGAUGUCACUGCGCCCGAGCAGUACGACGACAACGACCUCUCAACAUUCAACGUCGAACACGCGCGCAUGAGCUCCCUGCCCGCCUGGUAUCUCGUAAACGUCGGCACCGUUAUCGCGUACGGAUGGUUCGUGCAAUACAGAAUCCACCUCGCCGCGCCGAUCGUGAUGCAGUUCUUCAUUGGCAUGUCGUCGACAACCAUCUUUGGCAUUACGAACACACUCAUUCUAGACAUGUUCCCUGGGAGCGCAGCCAGCGCUAUCGCUACAAACAAUCUGACGCGCUGCCUCUUAGGAGCUGGCGGCGUCGCACUAAUCGACAGGAUCCUGACAUCCCUUAACGGCCCUGGCUGGACAUUCACCAUGAUCGCAUUCAUCUGCCUCGCUAUGUUCCCCCUGCCACUAGCAGAAUGGACGUGGGGAUUCCAAUGGCGAACCGAGCGCACACGAAAGCUGGCCGCGAAAGCCAAAAGCGAGAAAUAA